AUGUACACACUCUUCGUAAGACCAAUUAACCAUGUUAGCAAGGAGUUCCUACUUUCAAGGUUUAGUGAAUAUGGUGAAGUAAAAGAUUUAUACAUUCCAAAAGACUUCAAAUCAGGCCGCAGAAGAACAAUUGCAUAUGUCAAAUACGAUGACAAAGUAGAAGCUUCAAAAGCUAUAGAAGGACUUAAUGGAAAGGAAAUUAAUGGGAAAGAGAUAUAUGUUAGCUGGUCAUCUGAAAAACAAAAAACUCCAGAUGAAAUGGAAGCAGCAAAAGCUCAAAGACAACUUGAAAGGCAAGAAAAUCCGAAACCUCCGAAGUAUACACCAGAAGAGCAUGAGCUUUAUCUUAAGAAGAAACAUUUCGCUGAAGGAGAAUUUCAUGAAAAAUACUUCACAGCAGUUGACUAUCCAUUGGGUGUUGGCGAAGAAUAUACACCAGUCUUCCAGCGUGGAUUAAAGCCAAUUGGUGAGAGAAAAACAUUCUUUACUUGGCAAUUUAUCCCAGAGGAUAAAAUACAGAUGAUAAUAGAACAAGAAAUACUGCGCUCAAAGGAAGGAAAGAAACCAACAGAAGAAAAAACAGAACAACCAGAAGAACCACAGGUUUGA